UAACUGACCACUUUGCUAUUACUAAUUCCGCUGAAAGAUAUUUAAACCGUAUGAUCCAAAAGUGACGGUAAUUCCUUGUGUAUUCCGGGCUUCUUUACCUCUUCUGAUUGAUGGAACAAGUUGGUAAACAAGAGCAAGAUAGGAGAAUCCAUUAAAGGGCAAAAGCAGAAAAGCAGCAGACCAUGUCAAAAAUCGAAUCUUCUAUUUUAGCCGAAGCAAAGCAACCAGAUGCGGAAACGCUGUUGGUUGUGAACGAUAUUCCACUUGACGAACAGGUGGAGGAAUUGAUCAGAAACCACAAAGAAUUGAAUAUCACAAGACACCGGAGUGACAAGUUAGCAUUGAGUUCCGGUCCAGACCCUGCUGGCUUGAAGAUUUUACCAGCCUCUAGCAGACAGAGACUUGAAGAGGGUGGUAUCGACGUUUCUAGGGGUUAUCCAGAAGUUCCUGAUAGAAGCCAAAUCCCAAUUUUUGUUGAUCAGGCUUUUGCUAUCAGAGACUACGACGUUCCAUACACAGAGAGAGGGAAAGAUGCAGAUAAGGACAAAAAGUCCUUGUUUGGUGCCGCAACAGAAGUUAUUAAUUUGACCAAGAACGUUGGUACGGAGAUUGUCGGCUUACAGUUGGAAGACUUGACUGACCAGCAGAAGGAUGAGUUGGCCUUGUUGAUUGCCGAAAGAGUAGUUGUCUUUUUCAGAGAUCAGAAACUUUCGCCGAAAACCCAACUCAAACUAGGUGAGUAUUGGGGUAACGUAGAGGUCCACCCUCAAACUCCUCAGGUUCCUGGCUUGCCAGGUGCAACUGUCAUCUGGAACGAUUAUAAAAUCAAGCAGGGCUUGAAGUUGAAUUACAGCAACAACAACCUCGGAAACUGGGAUGCUACAAGAAACUCGGCCAUUGGUAACCAGGUUUGGCAUGCAGACUUGGUUCACGAAAGACAGCCUGCAGGUUAUACUCAUUUACAUUUAGAUGCAAUUCCAGGAGUUGGUGGAGACACCAUGUGGGCAUCGGGCUAUGCUGCAUACGAUAAGUUGAGUGAUGAGUUCAAAAAGCUAUUGGACGGCAAGGAGGCAGUUUACAUUUCUGCACACGGAUACUUAGACAGAAACGACCCUUUUGCUGGCCCAAAAAAGGUCGAAAGGGUUCACCCGAUAGUGAGAACACACCCUGCUACGGGAUGGAAGUAUUUGUUUGUCAACAGAGCAAUGACAAGGCGGAUCAUCGGAUUUUCACCGGUUGAAAGUGAUGUGAUUUUGAACUACUUGUUUGACGUUUACGAGAAGAACGCAGAUAUCCAAGUCAGAUUCAAGUGGUCCAACACAAAACCAGGCUAUGGUACAUCCGCCAUCUGGGAUAACCGAAUUGCUCAACAUAGAGCCGUUUGGGACCACGAAGGUAAGGACGCAAGACACGGCACCAGAGUCACAUCUUUGGCUGAAAAACCGUAUUUUAACCCUGAGUCAAAGUCUCAAAGAGAAUCCCUUGGAAAAUACCUACAUAAAUGGGAAUGAUUUCUUUUUCUUUUUUGAAAACGAAUAUUUAACGACGUUUUGAAAUCCUUGGUAUUACCGCUAUGAUACCACGGAACAAGACUUUAUAUUGUACGACCAA